AUGUUUUAUGAAUUUAAUCUUGAUUAUCUUACAGUUAGAACUCAUACACCUUAUCAUUCAGCUUAUAAUCCUGUUGAACAUGGCAUGGCUACACUUUCACAAAAACUUGCAGGAAUAGUCUUACCAAUUGAUAAGUAUGGUAUCCAUCUUAAUUCUCAGGGUGAAGUAAUUAACCAAGAGCUUGCAAAAAAAAAUUUCCAGUAUGCUGGUGAAACUUUAUAUAAUUUGUGGAAUUGGGAUCCUAUCUUUGGAAAUUCAGUUAUAACACACUAUAUUGAUCAACAUACUUCAUCCUUUAAUAAUGUUACAUUUCCUGAAUAUGAUACAAAUAAUAUUGUUAAGUCUACUAUUCCUUGGAAAUGGCUAGAAAAUCAUACAAAAAUGUGUCAAUAUUCUCUUGAUAUUAAAAAAUGUGAUAAUAUAUCUUGUUGCAUGCCUAAAUGUUGUAAAGAUGCUACCAAUCUUCUUGCAUUAAAUAAUGGAUUUCUUCCUCCUCUGGUAAAAGAAAAUGAUAAACACUAUCUUAAUUUAAUUUAUACAUUAGAGUUUUAUGAUAUAAACAAACUACCUGGUUAUGAUAUGCAUUGUCCUUUUUUAACUAAUUAUAAAAAACUUUGUUGUUCUAUUUGUGAUACAUAUUUUCCAACAAGUUCAAUGGUUACUUUACAUGUGAAAAGCCAGCAUCCAAGAUGA